AUGGAUCUGACAAGUAGAGAAGCUUUCAUGAAAGGAUGGGUGGAAUGGUUUUGGAGAAUUGAUAGUGGUGAUAUAGCGGAAUUCCACUUUGAUAGAACUGAUUGGAUUAAAAUCUUAGGCCUUCCACCGGAGUUGUGGUCGGAGGAAAAUUUCACAGCAAUUGCUAUGACCUAUGGUCAGGUGGUGGUUCUGUUUGCUAUGGAUCAAACAAAGGCGAAUCUAUCCUUUGGAAAGGUUGGCAUACUAACAUCAUCACUAAAAUACAUCUACUAUGAGUUACUAGUGGAGGUUAAUGGUAAAAUCAUUAAAAUCAUAAUUUUAGAAGACGAUCUCGACUGGGUUUCAUUCAAAUCACAAAGAUAUCAAUUGGACAAGAACUCAUCAUCAGACGAUGACGGAAAUGAUGAAGAAGGAGGUGAUGAUGAGGACGGUAUAUCUGAAACCACUAUUUCUAAGAAUAACAACGAAUUGGAGGAGGGAGAGAUUGGAACUAUGGACGUCGAUAUGGUCAUGGAAUCAAAUCGGGAAUGCUCGACUAACAAACUUGGGGAACAUCAAGGGUUGGAUGGAGGAACUAAUGUGCAAUUGGAAGUUGAAACCCUUGGAAGUAAGGAAAAUAUUAAUGCUACUAAUCAUGCUGACUUGGAUAAUAACACUUACGCGGCUGAUGCAGUAAACAAAAGUGUUGGACCGGGUGGAUCGCCUAAUGGACUACUUAAUAAACUAGCUAAAUCUGACUACUGUGGGCCUUUUACAGACAUAGUGUAUUUUAAUGAUAGGCCAACGUGUGGGCAUGAUGUUAAUUUUGAUAGUGCUCAAGAUAAAAGAAGAAGAUUAAUAAGAAAACACACAGAUACCCCUAUUGAUUCUUGGAACUCUACUUCGCCUCAUUCCUCACUCGAUCUAAAAAUACUGUUGAUUCCUACUCAUGUUCCCCUUCCUGAAAUUGAGGUGGAUUCUCCAUCCUCUUCGUCAGAAAUUAGAAACACGGUGGACGUGGGCAACAUUUUGGGAUUUGAGGUCGAUGUUGAUAACCCGAUCCUUGAGGAUGGUGAGAAUCAAAUGACACGAUGA